GUCGUUAACGCCGAGCUGCGGACGUGUGACGCAACCCAACGCACGGAUAUCUCGCAACUUCUCGCUACAAGUUUUGAUUUUCAGUUCGAGCAUCACGGUCGAAACGACACUUUGGAUUAAUAAUUGUGUAUUUGCCGUUCGUCACUUUGGAUUCCAUUAAUCUGUUUGGCAGUCAAACAGUCAGUUUAUUCGCUUGCUAACGUGAGCAACUCCGUAGCAGCCCCGUCUCUCCAUGGGAGCGCGCGUGAGCUAGCAGCCAUUGACCGGAUUUCACUUCUUCUUUUUAACACGUAUUUGUGUGGAGCUCCGUCUCUCGUCUUCUCCUCUUUGUUAGCGAUACACCCCGAUCCACGGGGCCUCCCUAUGUACUUAUUGUGAAGCGCUGGGUGCCCCCCCCCCCCUCCCCUCCACUCUUGUGUAGUGUAUCUAUUUUUAAAUGGCCACCGCGGCGCCCCCUCCAGCCCCGGGCUCGACUGCGGCCACUGAGAACCCGAGUCCCGGAUCCAGCAGCUCGAUUCCGGCCGACGGGGGCAACCAGGACAGCACUUUCGAGUGUAACAUCUGUCUGGACACCGCUAAGGACGCAGUGAUCAGCCUGUGUGGACACCUCUUCUGCUGGCCUUGCUUGCAUCAGUGGUUGGAGACCAGACCCAACAGACAAGUGUGUCCUGUGUGUAAAGCGGGCAUCAGCCGAGAAAAAGUAAUCCCCCUAUACGGGCGAGGAAGCACAGAUCAACAAGACCCCAGAGAAAGAACCCCUCCUCGACCACAAGGCCAAAGGCCUGAGCCAGAAAACCGUGGUGGCUUUCAAGGGUUCGGCUUUGGCGAUGGGGGUUUCCAAAUGUCAUUUGGAAUUGGUGCCUUUCCUUUUGGUAUUUUUGCGACAGCGUUUAACAUCAACGACGGCAGACCACCUCCAGCCGCCCCUGGGACGCCGCAGCACACCGACGAACAGUUUCUGUCUCGACUCUUCCUGUUUGUCGCUCUGGUGAUUAUGUUUUGGCUGCUGAUUGCAUAAAUGCAGGUAAAGACAACUUCUUCGGACAACUAAAAAUUAUUUUACUGAUAUGUAACAUUAUAUGGCACAUUAUCACGAUUUUCUACUUCCUUUCUGGUAACUUUAUUUGUGUUCUUAUUUUUCUUGACACAAAGCCAUGUUUGAGUUGAAUGAUGACAGUUUUUCCAAAAUAUUGACACGUUAAUACCAAGAUAACAACUUUCGAAGUAAGCCACGAACGUGGGUGCCUAAAGUAUUAAUUCAUUAACACAGUUCAAUUAUUUGUUAUAUUUCCAUCACCGUAAUUCUACCAGCUGGCUUCAAACCUCAUGCUGCUUUUUACAACACGUCUGUCCCUCUGUUGUUUUUGAUCACUCAUACCAGCUGUUCAGGUCAGAGAAAUGGGAAGAGAUCAUUCUCGGUAGUCUCUUUGAGGAUUGUUUUGGUACUAUCAUUGUAUUUACAGAAAUACUGUGCUAAACUAAAUAAGACCACCUGCGCUCAUCAAUGUGGAUGUUGAUUCACGUUUCCAAACCCAUAUGUUGUAUAUGGGAAUUUAUUUUUCAAUAUUUUAUUGCAAAGAAUCUUACUGAGUAAUGCUGUCAAUGCGCUCGUGAGCCUCCUCCAUUUUGUCUCUCUGAUCACUAAUGUACUAAGAAUUUUGUUUUUAAAUCCAGCUACCUGAUCUUACACAUUUUGACAUUUACCAAAUUCACUCAUUUUGUGAAAUCAAAAUCAUUUGGAGCAUUUUUUCUUUAUUUUAGUUGAGGUUAAAAAAGAAUGUGUUUGCAUGUAAGCAGUUGAAAGAGUAACUCAUGAAACGGUGUUCCUUUUGCAAAAGGAUGUUUGUCUUUUUGUUGCAUAGUUGUCUGUCACUGUAAUUAUAUGUAAAAAAAUAAUAUAGAUUAUUACUGAAUAAUUACUUAAAUGAUUGGAUUAUAGUUUCAACAUGAAACCACUUUUCUAAAUGUGAAUCUUCAUCUUAUUGACAGUAAAGAUAUGUAAAUAAAGAUGUUGAUCAUA